AAUCAUUUGAACUGUGCUACAUUUUCAAAAGGUGGCGAAGCAAUCAUGCAGUGUAAAAUUACAAUUUCACUGAUAUGUUUGUUUUUGGUAAUAAUUCCAAAUGUAUAUCCUAGGAGAAUCAUAUGGCAGCAAAUCAAAAAAGCCACUAGAAUUUGGAAAGCAAUUUCAGGCAAAGACCUUUCCAGUCGCCUAAAAAUAAAAGAUUUAGAUAUGAAAGGAGGAUCGUAUAUUAAAAAUAUAAAGAUAACUCAUGUUGACAUACCAAGAAUAUCGAUCAAGGGUAGUUGGAAGAAAAAUAUUAUUAUCACAGCAUCUAACAUUGGACUCGGGUUAACAGCUGACUGGCGUGUGAAAAAAAAGGUUUUAUGGGUAAUACCAUAUAGGGAAAGUGGUACUCUAAGAGCAUCUGUUUCAAACGUGAAGUUCCAGGUAACCUUAAACAAGAACACAUUUAGGGUAAAGAAUUGUUCUGAUUCAAUUGGUUCCACUAAAGUCAAACUAAGAGGCAAGCUGCUUGCAUGGGUAGUAAGAAAAUUUGUAAAUGUUGACAAAUGGUUAAAGAAGAACCUAAAAGGAAAGAUAUGCCAGGCUGUUAGUAAGGCGAUUAAUAAACAGUCAUCAAGAAUUUCAAGAAUAAUUCAAGGAUGAUGUAAACAGUUUAUAAAAAAGUUGUGGGAUCAGGAUUACUGAAGACAAGAACCACUGAUCACAACGGCAAAGACAUUAUUUAAUAAAUAUUAUCACUUGCAA